AUGGCAAGAGCCCAGCGAGCCAGCGCUGCGGCCGCAGCAAAAAAGAUUUCCGCGUAUUCCAAAGAGGAUACAGAUGUGGCUGAAAAAACCCCGGCGGGGGUUCGUCGCGACAGGAAAAGACAGCGUUCAAUCGAGGACAAUGCAUCGGACUACGACGAGGACACCGGAGAUGUGGAGGAGGAUAUCUCUGAGGAUGUGGCCGGGGAUACGGACGAGGAUGACGAGAGCGAAGCCGGCGGACAGAAGAAGGGCAUGGAGCCCAAACGCAGUCGCCCUCGUAUUCUCCCUGACCUCGACCAGCUGAGCGUGCCCCCGACCAAACGACGCAAAACUGGUCCAACAGCCACGGCUGCUAACAAAGAGCUCUACGACCGUCUUUUCUCGCCGACAGGAGCAGCAGGAGCUCCAGACAGUAAGCCACUGGCGACGACAACGACGACGACGAUGACUGCCGCCACGCCAUGUCGCCCGCCGCACCGACACCACGCAACCACAUACCACCGGCCACUGCUUCUGGAUGGAGCUAGCGGCCGGACAGCACGAGCGGCCCUUUUGGCCUGGUACGAUGCCGAGAGCUCGACGCGCGGCAUGCCUUGGCGCAAGCCGUGGCUGGACCCACGGCACUGCAGUCGUGAGGAGCUGGCGGUGCGGGCAUACGAGGUGUGGAUCAGCGAGAUCAUGGCACAGCAGACACGCAUUCCCGUGGUAGUGGCCUACUGGACGCGCUGGAUGGCCCGUUGGCCGGCCGUUGAGGAUCUCGCUGCGGCGCCGCCAGACGACGUCAUGGCUGCCUGGCGCGGCCUCGGCUACUACAGUCGCGCAAAUCGGCUGCAUGCCGCUGCGCGUGCCGUCGUCGCAGCGCCCGAUUUGCGCGGCCUGCUGCCCACCGACCCGGCUGACCUCGUGGCUCGGGUGCCCGGCGUCGGUCGAUACACGGCCGGCGCCAUAGCCGCGAUUGUGUUUGGCUGCCCGGCUGCCAUGGUUGACGGCAACGUCGUCCGCGUGCUCAGCCGCCAGCUCGGCCUCUAUGCCGAUUCCAAGACCGACAAGGCCACUGUCGACCUGCUCUGGGCGGCCGCUGAGGCGCUCGUGCGGGCUGUCGCUGCAGACGGAGACGGGGACGACCACACGCGUGAGGUGAAGCAAGAGGUUGACGGCAACAACAGCAACUCCCUUGAGAUCCUCCCCAGUGAUCGGCCUGGUCGCUGGGGUCAGGCCCUGAUGGAACUGGGCAGUACCGUGUGCACGCCAAAGCCGGACUGUGCCGCCUGUCCCAUUCGCAGCACCUGUCGCGCCUUUGCUGAGGGAGCCAUUCUGGUCAAGGACAAGGCCGAGCCGGCCGAACUGUGUGAUCUAGAAGACAUAUGCCAACUAUGUGAACCAUUUCCGGAGGAUGGAGCAGCUGCUGUUCAGUCGGACACGAAGAUGAAGAAGGACGAGAAGAAGAAGGGCAAAGAGGGGGAAGCGACGGCAUCACCGUUCUUUACAUCGCCACCGGACUACCACGACAGGCGUAGCCUUACCUCCGCCAUCGAACAUGCCCGACUUUUCCCCCUACGACGCCCCAAGAAAGCCGUCCGAGCGAUGGACACGUUCGUGUGCGCCAUCCGAACCCCCGACGGCCGCUACCUGCUGCACCGCCGCCCAGAACGCGGUCUGCUGGCUGGCCUGUGGCAGCUUCCGAGUCACGACUUGUCAGGUAAGUUACCAGGAAGCAAGGCGGCCCUCCAGAAGGGAGCGACUGCCUUUGUCGAACGGUGGCUGGCGGGGGAUGACGCAGAUACUAAGAACACCGCAAAACUGCGCAAACCUGUCCAUCUUGGCACUGUUCCUUGGCUUUUCUCGCAUAUUCGCCAGACAAUGCAGGUCUUCCUUUUCGAGGCCGGGGGUAGCGACCACAUUGAAUCCUUACCGACCCCAGAUGGCUGCUGUUGGGCUACCGCAGAGGAUGUGGAAGACAGCGAGGCCUACACGAUGGGUACUGGAAUGCGGCGAUGCUGGGACCUGGUGCAGAAACAUGUGCGCAAUGAGGAGUGA